AUGGCCGACCAGAACUCGUCACAACCUCAGGCCAUGGAUGCUCCUCAGCAGGUGGCACCGAGUGCCCCCUCUCCCGCUCUCUCUACCCCCGGCUCCGCCCCCAUGAUGAACUCUCCGGUUCCUCUCCUUCGCCCUGCCAUCCCCGGGUCAAGACCCAGUGGCGGUGCCCGAACACCGAGACUCGGCCUUGCAAUCCCCCCAUCACCAAAUGCAAAACCCGUCGGCGGAACGGCGCCCCAACCCGUAAACUCUCGACCUCCUCUUCCGACCCUCCACCUUGCCACUCCCAUGGGCAGCCAAACAACACCAUACGAGCAACCUCCAAGAGCAGUUGGGGUGGGACAGUCAGCCAGCGGUGGCAGUGAGAGCAGUGCGGCCCACUCUCGGUCAGGAAGCUUCGGUCCACUAGAUGGCAGAGCUAGCAACCCUACGUCUGCUGGCUCUCAGUACUCGGCGUUAUCAUUUGCUUCACAAUAUGGUUUCGGGGCACGACCCCAGGGAACCCCCGAUCCUUCGUCUGCUGUUGGCUCCAUAUACUCAGAGCGGAGUGACGGAGGUGUGGGCAUGGAGCGAGACAACAGCCUCCAAGGCCUCGAAGGUUUCGAUAAGCUGUCCCUGGAACGCGGCAGGACGCUGGAUGUCGAAGAACUUGAUGCAGAUGGCUGGAGAGUUGCCAGCAUUGAGAAGAGGAUCGAGGAGCUUGAUUCUCUUGGUGAAGGUGCCGGAGGUGCCGUCACGAAGGCCAAAUUGAAGGGUGGAAAGACAAUCUUUGCUCUGAAGGUCAUUACUACAAAUCCUGAUCCCGACGUCAAAAAGCAAAUUGUUAGAGAGCUUGGCUUCAACAAGGAGUGCGCAUCGGAGCAUAUCUGUCGGUACUACGGUGCGUUCGAGGACACGACAACAGGCACUAUUUCGAUCGCUAUGGAGUUCUGCGAGGGUGGUUCCCUUGACAGCAUUUACAAAGAGGUGAAGAAGCUUGGAGGCCGGACUGGCGAGAAGGUGCUCGGCAAGAUCUCCGAGGGCGUGCUUCGCGGACUGACUUACCUGCACGGUAUGCGCAUCAUCCAUCGAGACAUCAAGCCAUCAAACAUCUUGCUGUGCAGGAACGGAGACGUCAAGCUGUGCGAUUUUGGUGUCUCGGGAGACUUUGGCACCAAGGGCGAAGCAAACACAUUUAUCGGCACAAGUUACUACAUGGCCCCGGAGCGUAUCACCGGCCAAUCAUAUACCAUCACAUCCGACGUCUGGUCAACGGGAGUCACCCUCCUGGAGGUGGCACAGCAUCGGUUCCCCUUCCCCGCGGAUGGCACUGAGAUGCAGCCCCGCGCUGGCCUCAUCGACCUUCUCACUUAUAUUGUGCGGCAGCCGAUACCCAAGCUUAAAGAUGAGCCGGAUGCCAACAUCUUCUGGAGUGACAAUUUCAAAUACUUUAUCGAAUGCUGCCUGGAGAAGGAGAGCACUCGGAGAGCAAGCCCCUGGAGGAUGCUUGAGCACCCUUGGAUGGUUGAGAUGCGUUCGAAGCGCGUCAAUAUGGCCAAGUAUCUGGCGCAGGUAUGGGGCUGGGAUACGAAGGAGGUCAAGUGA